AUAGCAACAGCAGCUGCACCUGCACUUCAGACCAUUUCUCUCUGGUUGUAAAACUGAAUAUAGCUCAACACUUUAACACUAAACUGAACUCACUCUCAAGAAAAGAAAAAUGGAACAAGUGGCUGACCAAUGGACAGUUUGGUUUCGGAGCUUUAUUGAAAAGCCUCUGAGACUGGAGGUGGCAGCAGCGCCGAAGUCGCGCUUCAUUCUGCUCCACUACAGUGUGCCGAAAGCCCUGUAGGACUGGCUAAUUAUUUUUGGCACUUUCUACCUGGCUGUCACCGUGCCCUACAACGUCAGUUUCACGGCCGCCGAUCACACCGCUAUAGAUGCACCCUUGACUGUCAUCGCAGACGUUGUAGUGGAAUUGCUCUUUAUUGCAGACAUUGUGUUGAACUUCAGCACCACCUAUGUGGACAAGUCAGGGAAGGUGGUGUAUGACCCGCGCUCCAUUUGCAUUCACUACGUCACCACCUGGUUCUUUGUGGACCUGGUUGCAGCCCUGCCCAUUGACCUGCUGUAUGCUGCGCACAUCCCAGUGAGCUCCUUCGUCCACCUGCUCAAGACUAUACGCCUGCUGCAUUUCCUUCGCCUGUUUCAGAAACUGGAACGCUACAGUCAGUACAAUAGGUGGCUCUUUCAACUGAGCAAACAGCGGGAUAUGCCCUUCUUCAACAGCACGGCGGGGGGCCCGUCGAUGUACAGCUCCUACGUCGCUGCCCUUCAUUUUUCCCUCAGCAGCCUGACCAGUUUGGGCUUUGGCAAUAUCAGUGCCAACACCCCUGCUGAGAAGAUCUUCUGCAUCUGCACCAUGCUUGUUGGCGCGCUGAUGAACACCCUGGUGUUCAGUAACGUGACCACCGUCAUCCAGCGUAUGUACUCACGCCGUUCUCUCUACGACACAAGCAUGGAGGACCUGAAGGACUUCAUCCGUCUCCACCAUCUGCCUGAGCAGCUCGAAAAUCGCAUGCUGGAGUACUUCCAGAACACAUGGUCUGUCAACAGUGGCAUAGAUGUCAAUGAGCUCCUGCACGACUUCCCUGAUGAGCUGCGGGCCGACAUCGCCAUGCAUCGGAAUAGGGACAUCCUCCAGCUGCCGGUCUUUGCGGGGGCCAGUCGUGGCUGCCAGCGCUCACUCUCCCUCCAUAUAAAAUCCUCCUUCUGCAUCCCCGGGGAGUACCUCAUCCGUCAGGGCGACGUGCUGCAUGCCAACUACUAUGUCUGCUCCGGGUCUCUGGAGGUGCUGAACGACACCACAGUGCUGGCAACAUUAGGAGAAGGGAACCUGUUUGGGGCUGACCUGCCUGGACCAGACCAGGUGAUCAAGACCAAUGCUGAUGUGAAAGUGCUGACACACACUCACCUUCAGUAUAUCAAUCUGCGUCACCUGAAAGAGGUGCUGGGACUCUGCCCCGAGUAUGCCAGUGUUUUCGUCUCAGGCAUCCGCAACAACCUCACCUACAACCUGUGUGAGGGCAGCCAGGACCAGGUACUAAAUAUACUCUCACACACAGAAAACUGGUGUUGAUUUACUGUAGGAUUCCAUUUCUCCCAACAGUAAACCUGUGACAGAAAACUCUUUCCCCUGAUUCCUAACUCGCAACACUUUCAUUCAGUAUGCUUCAACCUGAGCCGACCAACCCACAAACCUUCAUCCAGUGUUUUCCUACAUGUGUAGUAACCAGUCACACCCAAACCCAACAGGAAGUCAGCCAUUUUGAAUUGAAUAUGAAAUCCUUCACCAUUUAUUUAAAGCUAAUUGCUUAAUGCUGUGGUAAUUUGCAAAGCUUUCGAGGUUUUGUCAAACGCCGUUGCCGUGGCCAUGUGUCGAUUUCUGGAAACUCUCAAAUGCCGAGGGUCAGUCUCUCCUUCAUUAAUUUGUGCUGCGCGUCGUGUACAUAAAAGUUCAAGACAAGUACAAGACAUUAAAGUUCAAGGUAGCUGGCGUGUUCGUGAGACGAGCAUGUCCGCACCCCCCAUUGAAAAUGAAUUCCUGUGUG